AUGCCACAAUUAUCCAAAAGAAAGUUACAAUUAAAGAAAAGUCGAGAAAUAAGAAAAGCCAAAUAUCAGCGCAAUGCAAAUAACGAAACAAAUAAUGAAACAAAUAACAAAGUGAAUAACAAAGUGAAUAAUGAAACAAAUAACGAAGCAAAUAACGCCUUUAAAAGGUUAUUGCAGGCAGUUGCUAAAGCAGCAGUCAGAACAUCUAAAUUAAAAUCAUUUUGGUCACAAGCUAGUGUUACUGUGGCUAAAGCCACCGGAAAAAACAUUUAUCGUGCUCGUUCUAUACGAGCUUGGACAUCAAACUACCUUCAAAAUGGCACUUUGCCAGUAUCGAGACAAGGAAAACAUCCGAAAACAUGGGGUUUUUUGUGGGAUGAUAAUGUUUUAUUACAGAUCAAAUCUUUUCUUCGAUUAAACAAAUGUGAUAGGUGGUGGAAUUCUGAUGACUUAGUGAACCAAGUGGUAGAGUGCGCAAUCCCAAUAUUUGAGGCACGUUUUCCAGGUGCGAAGGCCCUUUUUGUAUUUGAUAAUGCAACCAGCCAUGCUGCAUAUGCAGACAAUGCUCUUGUAGCAAAUAAUAUGAAUUUGUCACCCGGUGGAAAACAAGCAAAAAUGAGAAGCACCACAUAUGGAAAUAACAUUAGACAAGAUAUGUGCUUCUCUAUGGAUUACAAGAUCCCUGAAUUGCGCAAAGAACCAAAAGGUUUAAGAGAAAUUUUAAAAGAAAGAAAAUUGUGGCAUGAUGAAAUGAAGUUGAAGUGUAAAGGUGGAUAUGAAAAAGAAAGCAUUAAUUGUUGUGCAAGAACAGCAAUAGCAAACCAACCAGAUUUUAAAGCACAGCGUAGAAAACUUGAAGAAGCAAUUAUUUUGGCAGGCUAUGAA